AUGAGUAGCAGUGACGUAGAUAAAACUUUAAAAGAGAAGGAGCCUAAGACGCCUCCAGUGGCUACAUCACAGGAGCAGUCUUCAACGGCAACUGGCACUCCGGCAGUUAAUCCUGAAUGGGCUAACUAUCAGGCAUAUUCUCCUAUACCUCCACCUGGAUACAUGGCAUCAAGUCCCCAAGGCCACCCAUAUAUGUGGGGUGUUCAGCAUAUUAUGCCUCCCUAUGGCACCCCACCACAUCCUUAUGUUGCAAUGUAUCCUCCCCAUGGUGGCAUAUAUGCUCAUCCAUCCAUGCCUCCGGGAUCUUAUCCUUUUAGUCCUUAUGCCAUGCCUUCUCCCAAUGGUAUGGUGGAUGCUUCAGGAAAUACUCCAGGCAGCAGUGAAGCUGAUGGUAAACCUCAUGAGGUGAAGGAAAAAUUACCAAUCAAAAGAUCAAAAGGAAGUUUGGGUAGUUUGAAUAUGGUGACAGGAAAAAAUAAUGAACUUGGUAAAACACCAGGGGCAUCUGCCAAUGGAAUUCAUUCCAAAAGUGGUGAGAGUGCAAGUGAAGGUACUAGUGAAGGAAGCGAUGAAAACUCCCACAAUGUUUUGCAGGAUUCUCAAUUGAAAUCCGGGGAGAGACAGGAUUCUUUUGAAGAUGAGCCGUCUCAAAAUGGAAGUUCAGCGCAUGCUCCUCAAAAUGGGGUACUUAAUACACCUCAUACAGUCGUUAACCAGACUAUGUCUGUCGUGCCUAUGUCUGUUGCUGGUCCUCUCGCAGCAGUUCCUGGUCCCACUACUAAUUUAAAUAUAGGAAUGGAUUACUGGGGCACACCAACUUCAUCAACCAUUCCUGCAAUGCAUGGAAAGGUACCUUCUAGUGCAGUUGCUGGAGGGAUGGUUAAUGCUGGGCCUAGAGAUGGUGUUCAUUCACAACCUUGGCUACAGGAUGAAAGGGAGCUUAAAAGACAAAGGCGGAAGCAGUCUAAUAGGGAAUCUGCACGUAGAUCCAGGUUGCGAAAGCAGGCUGAAUGUGAUGAAUUAGCUCAGCGUGCCGAUGUUUUGAGCGAAGAAAAUGCCUCACUCCGUGCUGAACUAAGCCGGAUCAAGAGUGAGCAUGCGAAAGCACUUGCUGAUAAUGCAGCCCUCAAGGCGAAACAGGUGGAGAUACCGAGGAACGAGGAUAUUGUGCCGGGCCAAAAUGAUCAGCAUGUGGGUGGAGAAGACACUAAACAAAGUGGUUAG